AGCCACCAUGGUUCACUGGACAACCGAAGAGAAGGCCGCCAUCGCCUCUGUGUUUGGCCAAGUAGAUCUGGAAAGUGAUGGUGCAGAAACGCUUGGAAGAGUACUCUUGGUCUUCCGCUGGACCCAGAGGUAUUUCAGUUCUUUUGGAAAUGUCUCCAAUGUAACAGCAAUUUCUGGAAAUUCAAAAGUAAAGGCUCACGGCAAGAAGGUCCUGGGAUCUCUUCUCAACGCAUCCCACAACUUGGAUAGUAUUAAGCACACUCUCCACAAUAUCAGUGAUGACCAUGCCAACAAACUGCAUGUGGAUUCAGAGAACUUCAAACGUUUUGGUGACGUGUUCAUGAUUGUCCUGGCUACAAAAUUAGGAUCUUCUUUCACUCCAUCAGUCCAAGCCACCAUCGAGAAAUUCUUUGCCGUUGUUGUUGAUGCUUUGAGCCACGAAUAUUACAAUUAA